GUCACCCAGCAGAAGUAAUUCUGAUGCAUGGUUAUUCAUAUUUUCACAGGACUGCCUUACCUAGCAGAUGAAGGAUUCAGAACGAUGGCCUCACAGGAGCAGGUCUGGCCAGUCCCAAUGAAGGCAAUUGGAGCACAAAACCUUUUGACAAUGCCUGGAGGAGUGACCAAAUCAGGGUAUCUUCAUAAAAAGGGAGGCACCCAGCUGCAGAUCUUGAAGUGGCCAUUGAGAUUUGUGAUUAUCCAUGAGGGAUGUAUUUACUAUUUUAAGAGCAGCACAUCUGCAUCUCCACAGGGUGCAUUUUCUUUGAAUGGUUACAACAGGGUUAUGCGGGCAGCUGAGGAGACAACAUCAAGCAAUGUGUUUCCUUUCAAGUUAGUUCACAUUAGCAAGAAGCACAGGACGUGGUUUUUUUCAGCUUCAUCUGAAGAUGAAAGAAAGAGUUGGAUGCUAUCCUUGAGGAAGGAAAUUGAUCAUUACCAUGAGAAGAAAGAAACAAUAACAGAAUUCAGUGACUCUGGUUCUGAUGCAGACAGUUUCUAUGGCUCAGUAGAACGUCCCAUUGAUAUCAAGUAUUCUCAUCAUUCAGCAGAUAAUGAAGAUUACGACCAGGAGGAAGAGGAUGAGUCUUACUUGCAGCCAGACACUUCUGACAUAGUGAAAGAUGAUAUGGUCCUGCCCCCAGCCUACCCGCCUCCACCGGUUCCUCAUGUCAGAAAAGCUAACUUCUCAGAAUCAAGGGCAAAUUCCUUUGCUGGCAAAUCUACUGUGCCAGUACCACCACCGCCUCCUAAAAGAAGCUUACCUGAUAUCAAACCAGAGGAUCUCUUAAACAUGAGAGAACCCCUGUUACAGUGCCGAGCUGAACCUAAUCUAAAGAUUCAAUCCUCAAGCCGGAGACUAAGUGAACAGCUGCCCCCCGUGCCCACUAUACCUGUUUUCAAAAAGCCGGUAUAUGUCAAAGAAUCUUGCUCAUUGCCUCCAGAGCCUCUGCCUCUAGCUCAAGUUGUUUCUACUCCAGAAGGAUGUGAGAAGCUAAAAACCUUAAACCUUUCACUGCGAACUCCUCCUCCGCUACCAGGCAGUAAACCCAAGCUGUCACAGUUUACUGAAAAAACAGUAGAGCCCAAAGUGCCAAGAGAACAUGGUAAACCUGGACUGUUUGUGCCACCAGUGUUCCCAAAGCCACCUGUGCCAAGCCACCAGCCCCCUGGAAUCAAGCCUAGACCAGAGAAGUCUUCAUGUUCCCAGUUACAGAGAUCACCACCAGAUGGGCAGAGUUUUAGAAGCUUUUCAUUUGAAAAACCAGCACUACCCUCUAAGCCAAACCAACCUGAUGAUGAUUCUGAUGAUGACUAUGAAAAAGUUGGGCUCCCUGCUUCAAUAUUUCUUAAUACUUCUGAAUCCUUUGAAGUUGAAAGGACAUUUAAAGCUAGUAGCCCGCGGGGCCGACCGCAAAAUGGAUUGUACUGUAUUAGGAACUCGUCUACUAAGCCUGGAAAGGUAUUGGUUGUAUGGGAUGAAUCUGCAGAAAAAGUGAGAAACUACAGAAUCUUUGAAAAGGAUUGCAAGUUUUACCUGGAUUCAGACAUCAUGUUUUUGAACAUGGGAAGUUUGGUCGAGUACUAUAGCAUUCAUGUCUUACCUAGUCAUGACAGCCUUAUUCUUCGGUGUCCUUAUGGUUACUCUAAACCAAGGUGACAUGACUGGCAUAAUUCACUGAUGCCUAGGACAAAUGGGUUCCCUACUGCCCUUGAAUUAAAUGUGGACUCCUGCCACUGUUGGACAUCCCAUUGUUUGCACACAGAAACUGACUCUGUUUCAGCCACUUAUUCUCACAUUCAUUGUAUAUAAAGUCCAUUUAAUGAACUCUUGGUAAAACCUUACAAUCCAGAUCAGUGGAUUUUAUGGUCUUUUCUUUUAAAAAGAUCUGAACUGAUUAUGCUGUGAAAGCUGUCCAUGAUACCUACACCUUUUAUAAAACUGCUGCUAUUACUAAUCUCCUUGGAAUGUGGAAGAUGGACACAAACAAAGUAGUGGUCUGAAUACAACCAAUACAGAAACGGGAAACUUCUGAGAGUGUAUCAGAAUUCACUUGUGACAGGGAAUACUAAUAUUCUGACUUGAAGGUAUUACUCCUUAAGUCAGCACUGGUGCUCAACUGAGAGUUUUUGUAUUACUUGUAUAGUUGACAUGUAAAUAAUGAAGACUUCUGUGCAAAUAAUUUGGUUUACUAUAGGUUAAGAUGAUCAGAAAAUUGGCUUUUUUUUAAGCCACCUCAUGUAAAUGUAGCUUCUGAUUACAAUGUCUGCAGUAAUCAAUAUCAGGGUACUAUCCAACUGAUAUGGUUGUGGCAUCCCACAUGUUACUUAAUGACUUGCAUUUCAGAGACACGUGGAAUAAUAUUGAUUUGGCUUUCAUGGCAGCCCAAUUCCUUAGUUCUGAACUGGAAGGGUAGGUGCCACUAGUAUUUUUAAUGGGUAUGAGAAAAGAGAAAGGACUACUUAGGAUUAAGGGGGAAGGGAGGGAAUCUUUUGAGUACCCCAAAUUCUGACUAGCAGUUUUCUCUCACAUUGCUGUAAUGAAAGGUUCUUUAAAACAAAACACACAAAAACCCCAUAAAACCAUGAGUGUGAUGCUACUAUCAACUCCAUAAAUCUUUGUGGUCAGUCUCUUAGGAUCAGGUUGUCAGCCCGUUGC